AUAGCCUGGAAAUUUUUCGGACUUGUUCACGAUGAAGCAACAAGACCUUCUGAGAGGUCAUCCAUCGAUCUCAAAAAACAGCACUUAUUUAGGAAAUAGCUCCACGCAAAUGAUCUCAACCUAGCGUGGAUACUACUCACUUAUUUUCUGAAAUCGGCGUCCCUCUCGCUCACACCGACAACCGCAUUCACGCACAUAAGUACUCGGCCUCAGGGCGCCCGCCUCUCUCACCAUGGGCAAGCGCACGAAACAGUACAAGAAGCUCAUGCGAUCCUUCGAGCUGCUUGGGUUUCGCCAGCCAUACCAGCUACUCAUCACCAGCGACGUCCUCCUCGACACAACGAAGCUAGACCUGAUCAACCUGUUUGAGAAGACGCUGUCGACCAAGGCGGUGAAGCCCAUGAUCACACAAUGCUGCAUUAGGGCGCUGUACGCAAAGAACAUGGGCCCGAAUCGGGACCCGACCGUGGUCGCUGCCAUUGACAGGGCAAAGACCUUUGAGAGGCGACGGUGCGGCCAUCUCAUGGACAAGGACCCGCUUACUGAACGGGAGUGUAUGCUCUCGGUCGUCGAUCCGAAGGGGAAGGGGGAGAAUAAGUUCCGGUAUGUGGUGGUGACGCAGGAUGAGUGGCUGAGGGACAGGUUACGAUCAGUAGUUCCCACACCACUGAUGUACGUUCGGAGGAGCGUAAUGAUACUCGAGCCCAUGUCCUCAGCAUCGGCGCGGGCCAUGGAAAGGGAAGAACGGUCCAAGUUCUUGGACGGCAUCAUAAGGCGCCCCAAUAAGAGGAAGAGGGAAGAAGACGAGUCCGAUGACGAGCAUUCGGGCGCUGAAGGGGAUGGCAAUGGCGAGAAGAAGGGUGGAGCGGGAAGAGACGACGAGCCCAAGAAGAAGAAGAAGAAGAGGUACGGGCCGAAAGGACCGAAUCCGCUGUCAGUCAAGAAGCCCAAGAAGAAGACGCCCGCGGUGCCCCCACCAAAGCCCAAAGCCACGGCACCGCCUCGGGCAGAAGAAGGUACGAUAGAGGCCCCGACGGAGAAGAAGGCCAAGAGGAAGCGGCGCAAGAAAUCCAAGGGCGGUAUGGGCAGUGGUGAGAGCGGGGGCGGUAGUGGUAACGCUGAGCAAGCGGGACAAUCGGAGACGGCGCCCGCUCAGCCUGCAGGGACGUGAGGUCGCGGCACCCUAAGUCAGAUUGAGACUUCAGUGCGGUGGGUGGGGACGUCUAGCUGUUUCUUGAGCUGACAGGUGUACCAUCAUUCAAGAGGGCUUAUUUUUCUUUAGUUCUCAUAGAUAUCUUUCAUGAAACUGGCAUACAAUGCUGCCUGCAUGCACG